AUGAACAUAGUUGGUUCUAUAUGUACAGAUGGCGCUCCUGCUAUGCUGGGAAAUCGGUCUGGAUUUGCAGCUCUCAUGAAACGGGAAAUUCCUGAGGUCCGUGUCACACACUGCCUGCUUCAUCGGUAUGCAUUAGCAGAGAUGACUUUACCAAAAAGUCUGCAAGACGUUUUGUCAACAUGUGUGAAAAUUGUUCACGUAAUUAGAGGAUGUUUUGUUUGUGAAAACAUGGAUUCUGAACACACGGUUCACACGGAGGUGAGAUGGCUAUCCCGUGGACGUGUCUUGCAGUAUAUAUUUCAGCUUCGUGAGGAGAUCAAGACAUUUUUUAAAGGAUCAAAAGUUGGAUCUCUUUUCUUCACUUGA